AAUUAACAAGAGGUCCAUUUUGUUCUGUUUAAUAAAUAGCCACUGUUGAAGUAAGUCGUUUUUUAAUAUUUAAAGUGGUUUUCAUAAUAAUUGGGAAAACCUCUCCCAAAAAAAAACGAAAAAUACGAUUUUAUUAAAUUGAAGUAUGAAUUCAUUAUUUAAAAUUUGUAAGAUUACAUUUUUCUACCAGAAAUUUUUAUCCAAAUUUCAAGAAUAUCAAAUUUUCUGAAAAAUUUAUGUCUAGUUUGUGAGUAAGAAAGUUGUUAUUUGAUUUUCUGUAUAUUUUCCUAAUAAUUACAAAAAACGUAAAAAACACGACAAAGUGUACGGAAUUUGAGCAUUUUCUUUUAAUUCGGUUAAAAAUUAUUAUAGAGAUCUAUAGUUUUCACAAAAUUCUUAUAUUGAUAUUUUGUAGACGUGGUAAAAUUUCCAAAACAUUGUAACAAUUUUUAAGCUAUUUAUAGGUACCUAGGUAUUUGAUAUUUUCGUUGAAAUUUAAUACAAUAGAUACAUUAUAAGUUGUACUUAGUGGUCUAAAAAACAAAUUUGAAUUUUAUUUUUUCAUUAGCAUUUAAGAUUAAAUUUUGACGAAAAUGUUUAAAAUUAUGGUAUUUCAAAGUACCUAUGUCUUAUCUUUGCAUACAGGUAAAAAUUAAAUAACUUUAUGUAAAUCCUACUUUCCCAACUUUUCACCUACAACAGUGACUGCACUCUGCACCGGAGACUGAAACCAAACGAAACAUAAUCAAUUGGUUAUGAAAUAUUCAUUGAAAAAAUAUAAAUUAAACAAUAAAUAAUGUUGAAAAUGUCGCACAGAUAGUAUUAUAUUUCUUUGAUCAAUUUACUUAUAAAUAAAAGGUGUCCCCUUUAAAAAUCGAAAAAAUUGUAUUUUAAAAAGUUGAAGUUUUGGUUGUUUUUAAACAUUUGUAGAAAAUGGUUUAGGUUUGGGUUCAUUAUUAACACAAGAUUCCCGGUUUUAUAAGUAUUAUUUAUUGUUAAAUUUAUAUUUUUCCAAGAAUAUUUCAUACUAUGUAUAUGGAAAAUAUAGUGUACAUUAUUAUGUAAAACAUAAAGCUAAGAGGUAUAUUUUCAAUAUACAUUUUUUUUUUAAAUUUGUGACCACAACGACAUGUGUGAACCCGCCAUUAUCUUCAGAAAAAUAAUAACUAAAAGAAAAAAAUAGAUAAAAUGUUAUCAUCGGGUAGUACGUACAAUAUUCAUGUUUCAACGACCAGAUCAAUCAAUUCAUUAUUGAUGUACUUAGAUUAUAUACUAUAGAUAGAGCUACUGCACGAUUAACGCGGACUACGAGUUGAUGACAUCAUUAUUGACGAGUGCUAAUGUUUAUUGCGCAUGCGUAUAAGUUGCAUAUUUAUCGUAUAAUCGUUAUAAUACCAUUCAGUUGAUUGGUACAUCACACGUGAUUACGCGAAUUCAACCAAUUGCGCGUGAUAUAAAUUUUGCGCAUGCGCAGUUGUCUCAACUGUCCUUGGUUAUGUUUGCUUCGAAUAUUUAGUCAAUAGCUCUAUCCAUAGUCUAUGGUCUAGGGCGCAGACAGCAAUCGUAUGGAUAAUCACAUAUAGACGGCGGAAAGGAAAAAGGGCGUUAGCGACAUUUUGAUGAAAAUCGGUUUUUUGCACCAAGGCGUAAACGACAUAAUUUUACAUAGAUUGUGCUCAUCCGAUUAUCGAUAUUUUGAUUGUUGACGGAGUUAUAAUAAAAUAAUCUGUUUGAAUGGCGUAAAUGUCAGAUAACGGGCGUAAGCGACACAAAAUUAAAAAUAGGGCGUAACCACCAUAGACGUUUAAAAUAAAGCGCCAAAUAGCGUUAACGCCAUACUUCCUUAAUCCCAAAUAUAAGUUUGGCGUAAGCACCAAAAAAGUAUACAAAUUAACAUUUCAGGUGAAAAAAAUAACGAACACUAUUUUAUGAUGCCAAUUUAAUUACAAUAUAUUUUGUUAGAUAUAUUUUUUUUUUCUUUUCCACCGUCGGUAUAAUUAUUAUUACCAACAGUAGAUGCACAUGUUGAUAUCUACAACAUGUCUAAUCUCUUAGAAGUCUCUUAAAAAGUCCUUGAUAACCAUUUCCACACAAAAAAAAAAAUAACUUAAAAUUUUCUAUUAAUAACAAUAAAAUAAAUAAGCUAUACAUGAAACAAAUUCAAUAAUGCCCAGGUGAGGGCGAUCGCCCCUAUCGCCCCCCUUAUAUAUAAGCCCAUGUAAUUACUUAAAAUGUAGAACAACAAUUUUUAAUUUUAAGUUUGCAGACAAACAGUAAAUACAUUUCAGUACCUACAUAUGUAGUUAAUUGUUUGCACACCUUUCUUAAGUUAUUGCUUGCAUUGAAGGUGAUGAGCUCUUGAUAAUAGUUCUUAAUAGUUAAAUUAAAUAAUUACAAUAAAUACUUAUUGCUAUCUACUUAAAUAAAUACAAGAUACGUUUUAAGAAGUUAUAUUGAAAAAAGAAUAGCUAUUAGUAAAAAGAUAAACAAAUACAAUAUAUUCUAGAUCUAGAUAUUUACCUUAUUAUAUAACAUUUAAAAUAGUUAAAAUUAGCAAAUUGAUUUGUAUUUAUUUUUAACUUUCUACAAAGAGAAAUUGCGCGGUUUAAGCAACUUUUAGUUUCAAAUUGCUUAUUAUAUUUAGGAACAGACGCAUUUAUCCUUUUCUUUAAACUAUAGUAUUAUGAUUAUCAAGGCUGGUGUAACAGGCAAAUUAUAACCCCCAGAAUAACCAUACCCCCAGGUACGAUUAUGCUUGGUUUAUCAUACCCUGCUGGUAGCAUAAUGCUAGGAUAUAUAUAUAUACCCCCUGAAUUCGUUUGCCGAGGAUAUAAUUAUCCUGGAAUUUUCAUACCCCUCGGUAUCAUAAUUCUAGUAUUUAUAUACCCCCCCCCCCAAAAAUUUACCAUAUUUUCCAGGGAGGUAUGAAAUUCCUAGAGCAUUUAAGCAUCAUAACUCGAUAGUUUUUUAACGUACCCAUGCGGGAUCUCCACCAAUAUGUAUCUAGGUAAGUUAGAUGCACUUCAUAUCAAAAAUACCCCCCAAUUUCUGAUUUUUGGAUUAAGUAUUUCUUGGCGGGAUUCAGUGAUAAGAGAAUAGUUUUAACGCCAAAACAUUUGACUUGGCACCCUACACAAGUCUCCUCCAUAACUUAAUAACAUAAAAUCCCUUCGAAGGGACUCGUCCUGGAAUUCAUUCGAUCACAAUCAAAUUUCGGAAAUGGUCACUUAUCUAGGUCACCUCAAGACCAAUCUCACCAAAUGUAAUAUAAAUCGGAUAAAGAGAGAUGACUUUUCAACAGGGUCAGCUAGGCAUUUAUAUAUCAUGUAUGUCUCGACGGGAUAUGGUGGUAUAAAAAAUUAGUUAAAACACGAAAAAAUCAGGCUUGGAUCCCGUACAAGUCCUUUCUAUAAGAGAGUAUUGGAGUCAUCCCUUUUUUUUAUCCCUUCCGAUUGACACUAAAUUUGAUGGGAGUGGUCCCGAGGUAGCCUAAAGACCGUUUUCAAAGUUUGGUUGUGAUCGGAUAAAUUCCAGGAUAAGUCCCUUGGAAGGGAUUUUAUGGUAUCAAAUUAUGGAGGGGACUUGUGUAAAGUGCCAAGUAAAAUUAUUUAACGCUAAAACCAUUCUCUUAUCACUAAAUCCCGCUGAAAUAUAUUUAAUCCAAAAAUCAGAAGUGGAAAGGGUAUUUUUAAUAUGAAGUGCACCUAACAUAUCUAUAUAAAAUAUUGGUGAAGAUCCCGCACGGGCACGUUGAAAAAUUUCCGAGUUAUGAUGCUUAUAUGGUUAUAUGUUUAUAUGCUCUAAAAAUUGCAUACCUCCCUGGAACGGUACCGGGUUGGUGGGUAUAUAAAUAUUAGAAUUAUGGUACCGAGGGGUAUGACAAUGCUAGGACAAUUAUACCCCCGGCAGACGAAUUCAGGGGUAUGUAUUUAGUAGCACAGUCUUACCGGUGGGAGGGGGGGUAUGAUGUUCCUCGGUACGAAAUGCCUGUGACACCGGUUUAAAAUCGAUGCGAGCUGUGCCCCCCGCUCAUUGAAAGGCCCCGCGGCAAAAAUUAAAUGUAGGAAUUUUUUUUUCUGAAACAGGCUUCAAUUGUUGAAUGUAGAGAGCCUUUAUAAGAAUUAUUAAUAAUUAUUAAGGUUCUCUAUGGUUCAAUGGCAUAGAUUGGCGUGUUAAUAUCAUGAUGUUAUGUAUAGGAAAUUUAUUUACAGAACCGGUAUGGCCGGUAAAGAACUUCCGUGGGAAAUAACGUUUUCGUUAUCUCAAGAUAAUAAUAUUAGAUUAUAAAAUAUUAUUGUAUUUCAUUUUAUUGUGAAAUUUUUGCGUUAUGUUCGCCGGUUUAUUUUGCUGACGUCCGCCAUCGGAGACGAAUACGAAACUGACGACGAACGGUAAAUAUAUAAUUUUAUUACAUUUAAAUAAAAAUUGUAUAAGUAAAUAUCUCCUAAUUUUAGAAUUUUAGAAACUAAAGUAAAUUACAGUUGUUAAUUGUAAUUUUUUUUUGAUAUUACACAUUUACAUUUUUGAUUAUUAUUUAUUAAUUUACCGGUAAUUACUAAGAUUUGUAUAAAACUAAUAUUUUAUUUUGUACCUAUAAGGCUAUAACGUAAAAUCGGUAUCCUAACGCAACGGGUGUUACUACGAGUAUUUUAUUACGAUUAAACACGUGUUUGUAUUAUUUAGCCUAUUCAUUAUUUCCCCGUUAUUUAGGUGGGUACAUUUUAACAUUUAUAAUUAUUCGUCUAAAUAAAAUUAUUUAAAUUUUUCAUACAAUAAAAUAAUAAGCAUAAGCUGAACCUGACUUCUGAAGAGAAACCUUUUUGAGAAGCGUAUUCAGUCGGACUUCAAUAUGAUACUUAAAAUGAUUUUACUAGAAUUAUAGGUCUAAAAAUAUUUAGACCUAUUAUAUUACUUUUUAAGGAAUUUUACAUUAUAAUUAUUAAGUCCCGUAAAAUUGUUCAAUAAAAUACAUAAUAUUAUAUUAUAAUUUAUAGUAUUUGGCUAGAUAUUUGUAUUAUAUCUACUCAACCCUGAUAAAUAAGCAGCUGUUAUAUUAUUAUGUAAUCAUUCAAUAAUUGAGAUUCAUUCGAUAUAUUGCUUAAAAUCAGACUGUUCCUGAGACCCAAAAUAAUAACUAAACAUUCACUAAAUAAGCCCCGUAAAAAUAUUUCACACAUAGCAAUGCUGUUCACCAAGCCCUGAUGAUUAUGUGUUCAUGUUGGUUAAUACAUUCUGUGUUUAAAAAUAGUCAGGUACAAUAAGUAUAUUUGGUAAGAAGUUUAUCGAAAGCCAAGCCAAACAUAAAGUCGGAUCAAGUACCAAUCGUGCUUACAACUAUUAUAAAUAAAUUCCUACUCCCUAUCACUACCAUUCCAUAAUUCCACCUUUAUAUUCUAUUCUAUUUUAAUCAUCUUAUCUCUCAGUUAGGCUUUUAUCUCAUAAUAACCUCGUUAUAAUAUUAUGUAAUCAAAAACCUUUUAACUUAUUUAAUACGAAAAUAUCAUGUUAUUUAAUUUUGUAUGCUAUAUGUAACUGUUAAGCUGAAUGGUUUUUAUCCACAGUUCUUAAUAAAAAAAAAAAAUUGUAUAGUUGAUUUUACAAAUAUUAACCUAAUUUAAGUUUAUUGUAAUGUUUGAUGUCAAUUAUAAUUAAUACAUUAAAAAAUCAUACAUUAAGAAUUUUUAAUUAGAUUUGAGAAUUCUGGUAAAUUAUAAAUUAUAGUGGACAGCCAACAAAAAAUAUUAUCAACCAUACUAUUAUUAAAACAUCAUGAAUUAAUUGUCCAAGAUAUUCAAGGGGUGUAAUAUAAUUUUUGUUAGAAAAUAAGGUGUUAAAACUAAAUGAAUAUAUUUAACUUGUACAAAUAUUUUAAAUAAUAUGUUUAAUAUAUUUCUGUAGGUAUUCACAAUGUAGUUAUAACCAGAUUAAGAGUAAUGAUAGAAUAGUAGAAAUGUGCAUUAAAAGUUAACCAGAUUAUCUUCAAAAGAAAUAAUAAGAUUUUUCUUUGUUUGUAUAUGAUUUAAACAUAAAACCAGAAGUAAUUUCUUAUUAAAAUCAACAUUAUCUUUUAUGAUAUAUACAUAUAUUUGUAUACCAAAAAAUAAACAUACAAUUAUUUUGAUCGACCUUUUUUUUUAUUCUAGGUUUUUUCUGUAUUGUGGAAUUUAAAGAAGAUAUUAUAUUAGAACAAACACGUAAGAAUUUAGUGAUUAGGGAAUAAAUCUUUGAAUAGUUAUGUUUAUUCUAUAUAUUGAUGUUAAAAUAUAAAAACAAAAAAUACAAAUAGUCAUGAAUUUAAGGUAUAACUUAUAACAUAGUUAAUAAUAAUAAAAACAUUGAAUAAUAUAAAUUAAAUAUUAUCAAAUUUUAUUAGGAAAACAAAAUUUGCACAAAAAAAUGUUAUAGAAUUAAUUUUAAUGGACAAUUUGCUAAUCUUCCAAAAAAUGACAAUUAUAUAUUUUUGUAUUUUGGAUAUCAUUCGAAAAAUGCUGAUAUGUUCGGAGAAUUUCCUCAGUGGUUUUUGAAUUUGAAAUAUUUAGAAUCAAAAAUAUGUGUAACAGGUUUUGCUAAUGUCUUGGCAAAUUUAAGAAAAUACAAAAAAUAUAUUGCUGCUCAGGUAAAUAUUUAUGUAUUAUGUAUACAGAGUGAUUUUUUUUAUCAUUAACAAGCAAUUAUUUAGAGGAUGUUAAAUGAAUUUGAUUUCUGUUUUUUCUAAUCUUUAUGAAAUCGUUUAAGCAUUAAUUUAAAUCCUUUUUUAAUUUUUUACUCUUACUCCAUUUUACAUAAGUGCAUACUUUUGAUUUUCAAAUAGGAACACUCUUCUUUUGAACACAGAUUUGAAUUAAGAAUAUUUUUCUAGAAAGUAGAAUUUAGUCAUAGAUAUGCAAUUUUUUACCUUUCCCUAUGCCUUUAAACUGUUAUAACUCAUGAACGGUAAAUCUGAUAUUAGUGUUAUGUAUAUCAAAAUUUCUAGAAAUAUAUUAUUUAUUUAAAUCUGUGUUCAAGUUGAGGGUUGCUUUUUGAAAACCAAAGUAAAGUAUUUGGAGUAGGGGUAAAUAAUUAAAAAUGGUUUUAAAAUAAAGCUUAAAUGAUUCCAUAAUGAUUUGAAAAAACAGAAAUCAAAUUCACUUAAAACCCUCUGAGAUUAUUGUUGGUUUAUGAUAAUAAAAUAACCCUGUAUAGCUUUAACUAGUACCUAAUUGGUAAAAUACAUUUUCUUAUCAUUUAUAGAAUUACAUUUUCUAAUUUUAUUACUAUAAUAUUUAAGAAUUUUCAGACUAUAUAAAAAUUACAUAAAUGAAAUAGAAAAUUUUGUUACGUAUUUGGACCAAAUUUGUAUCUAACUAAAUGUGAUAUUGCCUAGUUAGGCCUUCAAGAUCCUGAAACUUAUUUUGUGUAUAAUGAAUCAUAAAAUUGCAAAAAUUUGUGGGAAAUCAUAUUUUUAUUAUAAGUAUAAAUGUUAUAAUUGUAUUUUUAUAUAUUAGCUUACAAUUGUAUUACUAUAUUGCUGAAUAAUAAUUAUUUGUUUAGUAUUAAUGCAUUUCAAAAUUGCUACCCAGAACCUCAUUUAUCUAUUGUCAGAGAAAACAUAGCAACUGCAAUUUUUGGAAAAAACUAUGAUGAGCUUAUAUAUGAUAUUACAAAUGGAAUCGUCAAAGUAUGUGAGUAUAUUAUAUAUUUAUAGUAAUUAUUUACUAAGAAGUUGUAUGCUCAUCAAAUGUGAUGGGCUAUAGUGAAUUGUAUACUUGGUUGUCAUGGUACCUAAAUCAAUUAAGCGUUAUAAACAUACCAUGACUUGUACAUAAGAAAGCAAAUUUGAGUUUGGAUGGAUAAAUUUUGUGUUGUUUUAAUAUUAAGGAGAAUUGACCUAUUACCAAAUUAGCUUUGAUGUUAUAGAUUUCGAGCAUAGCGAGGGAGCAAUUGGUAUAACUAAGAUGAUUUUUUUUUCCUAGUCUGUGGACACGUUUUUUCCUUGUAAACUUGGUCUGAUUUUUACGUUUAGCAACUUUCUGAAAGCUUGAGUUAUUUAAAUUGUACUUUAGAGAGGUCAUUUUUUUGAUUUUUGAUACCAUUUUUAAAUAAAACCAUUUAAGUAGGGAAAAACUUAGGAAAACUUAAAAUUUCUCAAUUCUAUUAUUUUAUAAAAUCACAGAUGAUAUUUUCUAUUACAAGAUACCUUUUUUGUUGUCUUUUUGAUUUACUUUCUUAGGUAUAAAUCACCAAAACUUUUGAGCCACUUUUAAGCUUUUAAGAAAUUGAAAUUUUUAGGAGUUUUUUGCUGUAAUUUAGUUAUAAAUACAUGUAGAGACUUUAAAUUGGGUAAUAAUACUUAUAUUGGAUUUACCUAAACGUGGUAAAAUUUCCAAAAUCAUCAAACAACUUCUUUUUUUUUUAAUAAGCAUUUUGAAAUCAAAUUAACCUUGCCAACUUCUCAUCUACAACAUUGGACGCUCUCAUCCCCAGUAUCAGCUCUAUUUAUUUAUUUUUUUUUUGAUAUUUUAAUUUUUAAGAGCGAUUUAAUGAUUUUUAAAUAGUGAUAUUUCACAUAUUCAUCUCGCUUAAUAAUUAAAAUGUUAAUUAAACAUCAACAAUAGGGCACAUUGUCUUAUCUUAAAUUUUAGUAAUAUGUCAAUUUUCUUUAAUAUUAAAACCUAAAGCAUACGAAGUUAUACUGAAUGCAAAUUUACUAUAUCAUACGUUUGUAAAACGGAGACAGCGAAUGUGUUUGUGGUGACUUCUUUGUAAAAUGUAUUGUGUAACAUGAUUAAAUUUAAAUAGGUAUGAAAUUUAAUGUCUCAUAAAUGUUUGCACACUUGUAAUGGCUAUUCAAAAAAAGUAACACAUUUAGUUACUAAUAAAUUAAAAAUCAAUUUUUAUCGACAUCUGAUGAUUCAAAAAUAUGUAUUUGGAAUAUGUACAAUUCUUUUGAAUUUUGUAUAUAUUUUUAUUUUAUUAUUUUAACUGUGAUUUAUUUAUUCAUAAAUGUAUUGAUUUUUAGAUUCUGAAUCAUUUAUACCACCAUCCUCAGAUUAGGCAAGAACAUUGGCAAAAUAUAUUUCUUCAAAAUGAACAGACAUUGCUGAAUGUAAUUUUGUAUAAAAAUAUAACACCGAACCAGUCAUUUUUUCACAGUUUUCUCCAGAUAAUAACUGUUUUAUGCUCUAUGGAUACAACUUUAAAGGUGAUAUUAUUUUUCAUUAUUCUUCUCUAAUUUGUUGUCCCUGUGCAUAUCUAAGAUGAACAAUCUGCCAAAAUCUUGUUUAGAAUUGCUUAAACUGUUUGCCAGAAUUUUACACAGGCUAUCACCUGAUGCAACCCUAUUUGUUGCUCACUAAUGGCCUUUAGAGAUUCGGUUUUGUGGUUUUGUUAUUUAAGAAAUAUUUAUUUUGAAAAUGAUGUAAAAUGAUAUAAUAAAAAGUUAUUUUUUUUGGUGUACAGGGGAUGAAAAUAAAUUAAAAUUUAAUUUUUUUUCCAAAUCAAUGAACCCCUCAAAGACAAACCGAUUGAAAAAAACAUAUUUAAUAUUAACAGCACUAGGAAAAUUUGUUGAACAUGGUAGAACACACAAUAUAUUAUGGUAUAUUAAUUGAAUUAACAACAUAUAAUAUAAAUUUUUAUAUAUAUGCUGUCCUAUGAAGAUAUAUGUCUUGAAUAUAUCUGGAGAUAAUAAAGUUAUUCAAAAUUAAUUUUUCUUUUUAGUAAAAUAACUUUAUUUUAUUAUUUUUGGAUAAUUUUAAGAUUUUUCUGCCAUUCUGUAAAGUUUAUUUUUCUGAAAAUUUUAAAGUAUCACAAAUGUUAUCUAAUAAAUAGUUUUUCUAAGUAACAGCCAUUUUAAAUUCUACUAAUCUGUGUGAAGUAGUUUUUGUUCUUAUCAGUUUGUAAAAAAAGUAAUAAAUAUUAUUUUAAAAUCAGUGGUUGUUGCUGCAGCCAAUUUGUUUUAUUAAAACAAAAAAUUACAACUUUUUUUUAUUUAAUUUUAUUAUUUUAUACAUUUGAUUUUUUUAGGGAUAUAUGCAGUGGAUAAAUAUCUAACAAGAAAAUCAAUCAGAUAAUACAUGUAUUCAAAGUGAAUUAUUUAAUGGAUAUAGAUUAAAUGAACAAGUACCUACACAACCUUUAAUUACAUUACAAUAAUAUUGUUUGUUCAAUGUAAAUUUAUAUAUAUUGUUUUUAUAGAAACAAAAAGAAUAACAAAUGGUUUGUUAGUAUUGGAUAAUGUAUCUAGUAGUAAAAUAGUAAAAUACUUGGAUAUUGGGACGUAAAAUAUUAAUAACAACACAUGAUAUAAGUAUAAUUGACAACAUAAUAGAUACAAGAGUGAAAUAUGUAAAAGUUUAAAAAUGAAUCAUUCAGUGUUAUGUUUAAAUACAUUUAUAACAUCGUAAUAUCUUUAAAAUUUAUACUUAUAAUAAAAAUAUAAUUUCCCACAAGUUUUUGCAAUUUUAUAUUUUUUAUUAUACACAAAAGAAGUUUCAGGUUCUUGAAGACCUAACUGGGCAAUAUCACAUUUAGUUUGAUACAAAUUUGGUCCAAAUACAUUUAACAAAAUUUUCUAUUUCAUUUAUAUAAUCUUUAUAGACAGUCUAAAAAUGCCUAAAUAUUACAGUAAUAUAAUUAGAAAAUUUAAUUUUAUAAAAGAUAAUAAAAUGUAUUUUAGUAAUUAGUUACUAGUUAAAGCUAUAUAUUAUUAUUAAAUAUAUACAUUAAUAUAAAUAUUUACCCAAACAGUAAUAUAUUUUUGUAUUUUCUUAAAUCUGCCUUAACAUCAGCAGGACCUGUUAAUCUCAUUCAGGUUAUUUUCUUUGCCAUGUUUAAAACUAUCUUUUUUAGGUAAUUUUCUUGGACUAACAGAUGUUUCAUUUUCUCUAAAACCAACAGUGUUGAUUUUUACGAUAACAGUUAAUUUUUAAAAUUUUACAAAUUAAUUAACAACCUCCGUUUUAUUAUUACUAAAAUCAUUUUUUUAUGUAAUCAUUCUUUAAGCAUUUUAUUAAAUUGUAACUUUUUCUCUGUAUUACUGUAACAAUUUUCUCAAAGUUAAACUGGGAUUGUUCAAUGAUCAAAAUCUUUUUUUAAUAUCAUAUUAAAAAUGCCACAUAUUGCUGCAUUAGAAAUACUUAAGUUGCCUAAUUCCCUUGUAGGAUAUUUUUGUCGAAUAAAAUGAGACAAAUUAAAAAAAUAAUUAACUAGUUGGUGAUUAUUAAAAACCAAACCAUUUGUUAUAUUAUCUGUUUACUAUUAGCAUAAUAUUAUGUAAGUAGGUGUAAUUGAAAAUCCUUAUCAUUUUACUUUUAUGUUUUAAAUUGUUUUUUAAACUAAUAAUGUCUAUCUACCUAAUUAACAGCAGUGAUUGUUUUUUUAUCUUUAUUUAAUUUAUUUUCAC